AUGUCGUCGUCUUCCAGCUCCAAGCAGCCGUCGGAUGGCCAGUCCAAGGACAAGGCCAACAAGGACGCAAUCGAGAGGCCUCCGCUCGUCUACCUCACCAACAAAUGGAUCCAGGAGCUCACACAACGCAUUCGCGCCCGACCCAUCCCAUGGGAGGGCUAUCACCGCGCUGAUCUGUUGAGCGGCGAAGAGCUCAAAAUGAUCAAGAGCGUCGAUGCCAUCGUCAUCGGUCAGGACCGCUCCAAGCUCAAUCCUCUCUUGGAUGAGCAUGGCUCCGACUAUGUGUCUCUCUACCUCCGCCUGCUUUCCAAACUCAGCCGCACCGAUACCCUUCAGCAGAUCCUCGUCCUUAUCGACGACAUGCUUUCCGAUCGCGACGACCGACUCGAGCUCUUCCUUUCGCUCGACGGACAAGAGGAGCAGGACGGCAUCGGUUUCCCAUGGAAGCCGUUCGUCAAGCUUCUCGAUGUUCCCGACGACUUUGUGCAGAUGAAGUCGGCCCAAUUCCUCACUUUGCUUCUCGUCUUUUCGGCCACACACUCGGAUCAGCCGAGCCCGCCUGCGUCUGUCCUGCCGCGCCUGCUUACCUUCCUGUCCUCCCUGUUGCGCGGUGCCAGCACGAAACCCAGUACAAACGGAUCUGGGAGACCCCAGACCGGCGCUAACGCAUCUCCUGCGUCACGACGAACGUCGCCGGACUUUGCCGAGGGCAAUGGACCCGAGAUCGCACUCGUGCUGCUCGAGGCUCUCCUGCGCACCCAGAAAUACCGCCAAGAAGCUUGGGAGCACGCCGUUGCCAAGAUGGGUCAGGUUCCGCCGUCGUCGUCUGGCAAAGCCAAGGCUUCGAACGACGAUGAGGAUGACGACAAUGCGAAACAGCAGCAACCGGACGAGGCUGUCGACCACGGCUUCCUUGCCGAGCUGGCACACAUCCUGCGUCUCGGCAACGCUCCUGCCGGCGGGUCGAGCUUCAACUCGAGCGCCACCUCGCCGAGCGGCUCCGGAUCAGCAACCCCUUCCCGCCAGACCACCAGCAGCGGAGCGAGCACGCUCGUCGUCGGCGCCAACACGGGCGCCAACUCCACGCGUGCCGGAACACAGCUCAUCUACCAAGUCGUGCUCUGCUUCUGGCUGCUCAGCUUCAACAAGGACAUCGCAGCCGAGCUCAACGUCAAGAUCGGACUCGUCCCUCUGCUCGUCGAUGUUGCACGCAACGCCGUCAAGGAGAAGGUGACGCGUGUCACCGUCGCCACGUUCCGCAACCUGCUCGCCAAGGCACCGGACGUCAAUGCACCCGUCAUGCUCGGCAGCAAGGCGCUCACGCUGACCGAGAACCUGCUCUCCCGCAAGUGGUCCGACGAGGAGAUCGAGGAGGACCUCGAGUACAUCAAGUCGGAGCUCUCGGAGCGCCUCAAGUUCAUGACCACGUGGGACGAGUAUCUGUCCGAGCUGCAAUCCGGUUCGCUGACGUUCGAGAGUCCCGUUCACGAGCUGGAUGACUUCUGGAAGGAGAACGCGCCCAAGUUCGUAGAGGAGGAUGGGAAAGUGCUGAAGCAGCUGGUCAAGAUUCUCAAGGAGUCGGAGGACAGUACAACGUUGGCGGUGGCGUGUUCGGAUGUGGGCAAGUUUGUGCACUUCUUCGAGCAGGGUAAGAAGAGGGUAAGUGAUCUAGGUGCCAAGGCGAGGAUCAUGGAGUUGAUGACGCAUCAAGAUGCAGAGGUCAAGUAUCAUGCGCUGCAUACUGUGGCCAAGUUGAUUUCUGCUAGUUGGAGGUGA